GGUUGUUCAACGUGAAUUAGUGAAAAUGCGAAAUCCCAAUCGCGUAAUCCAUGUAAAGAGCGUUAAAACCGAUAAGCCACAGAAACCACAAACGAAUUCCAUACUGGUUUACCUGAAGUGGCCUUGCUUAAUGCUCCAAUGCGUGGGUCUUCUACCGUUCUACACAACACAUAGUCUCUAUGAGAUCGCCGCGCCAAACCGACGUUCGAUUCAACUGAACAGGACCAUACUUUUUACGAAAACUGUCUUGAACAUUGUGCAUAUCUACGCCUUUCUGUCGCCCACAAUAAUGGAGUUGCUCUUCAUAAGAAGCAAGACGGAUGGCAUUACCAACUUGUUAGACGUGGUUUUCUGUAUGCUCAGUGACUUUACAAUAACUUGGACUUGUGCCAGUAGCGGCGCGGAAUUCAUACUCAUAAUCAAUAAUUUGCUGAAUGUGGACAAACUGCUCAAACAAUAUCCAGACUCGCCGGCUGAGAGACCCUAUGCCUCAAAUCAGUUCAAUAAAUAUUUAUUCUGGAUACUCGGUUAUAUUUCUUUUAUAAUGAUUGGAUAUGUGAAACGCACAUUGGAUUAUUUCUCGUUAAAAUUCUGCAUCUACAUAACCUUCUAUCAGCUGGAGAACGCGAUCUCUUGUGGCUUUGUGGUGUUCAUUUCGGCGUUCCUACAUCUGCUUGCAGAGCGCUUUCGAUUCGUCAACCGGCUGAUAGCGCAAUACAACAGUAAAAUAUCGCAAAACAAAGCAUACCCCACAAUUUUAAGCAUCGACAGAAAGGCGAUAACUCACAACGAGGCCAAUUUACGGUUAUUUGCGGAGAAUUCUACGAUUUUGUAUAGUUUGCACAUCGAUUUGCUAGACAUAUACAAAAGGAUUAAUAAUUACGCCGGCUUGGGUCUCUUGAUCUUCUUACUGUACUCCUGCUAUGGUUUGUUGUCCUGUGCCUACGGUUGCUUCGUGAUCGAUUGGCAAACGGCCGACGAUCUGUACUAUGUCAUCUGGACUUUUUCUUGGAUACCCCUCUAUAUGGUCAUUUUGAUACUACUAGCAACUAAUUGCGCCAAGGCUACAAAUGAGGUUAGUAGUUGUGUGUUGGAGGUUUAAAGUGAUAAAGUAAUAGUACCUCGAGUCUAAAUAUUAACUGUAAAAGGGAGGUCUUGUUUAUCAUGUUCACCAUUUCAUAAUAAGUUAAGAUCGCAACUAAACGCCUCACUUUUCUGGAAUUUUGGCAUUCAGCGCUUAUUCAGCUUAAGAGAGUGGUAGCUGAAUGAAGUGCUGAAUACCAAAACGCCGAAAAAUCGUUGAUGUGAAGUUAGUUGGUUGUCACAACUCAGCAUAGGGAAAGAGAAUCCAAAUUGACAGCGUUACUUGACUUAGGUCCACUCUCGCUUUACUUCAGGUGGGAGUAAAGAGGUUUGGCGAAACAUAAAGCAAGUUUCUCAGCCUAAUGCUGAGAAUUGCCAGUUCAAACGA